CCCCGUGUCCCAUUUCCUCCUCUUGUUUUCGCUCCGGAUUCUCCAUGUUGGACCCAAACUGAGGAGCCCGGAGCUACCACCGGGGGAUCGGGGCCGGGGGCACCCGGGGGAGCCGCUGCCCGGGCCGCCCGCCCUCCUUCGAGGCCGCCUCCCUUCCCGGCCCGGGGAGGAAACGAUAAGGGGGGGAUGUGAACAUCGGUGGGAGUCGGAGACUCGGGAGCAGAGCGGAGCGGGCCCCCGCCCAGGCCCCCAGCCCAGCCCUGCCCAGCCUGCGCGCCCGCCCGUCCUCCCGCCCAGCCAGCCCGGGCCCGCGGAAUUGUUAGAUGGAACACGGCUCCAUCAUCACCCAGGCGCGGAGGGAAGACGCCCUGGUGCUCACCAAGCAAGGUCUGGUCUCCAAGUCCUCUCCUAAGAAGCCACGCGGACGUAACAUCUUCAAGGCCCUCUUUUGCUGUUUUCGUACCCAGCAUGUUGGCCAGUCCAGUUCCUGCACUGAGCUCGCUGCAUACAAGGAAGAAGCCAACACCAUUGCUAAGUCGGAUCUGCUCCAAUGUCUCCAGUACCAGUUUUACCAGAUCCCAGGGACCUGCCUACUCCCAGAGGUGACGGAGGAAGAUCAAGGAAGGAUCUGUGUGGUCAUUGACCUGGAUGAAACCCUUGUACACAGUUCCUUUAAGCCAAUCAACAAUGCGGACUUCAUAGUGCCUGUAGAGAUUGAGGGGACCACUCACCAGGUGUACGUGCUCAAGAGGCCUUAUGUGGAUGAGUUCCUGAGACGAAUGGGGGAACUCUUUGAAUGUGUUCUCUUCACUGCCAGCCUGGCCAAGUACGCUGACCCUGUGACAGACCUGCUGGACCGGUGUGGGGUGUUCCGGGCCCGCCUGUUCCGGGAGUCCUGUGUGUUCCAUCAGGGCUGCUAUGUCAAGGACCUCAGCCGCCUAGGGAGGGAUCUAAGGAAAACCCUCAUCCUGGACAACUCGCCUGCUUCUUACAUCUUCCACCCGGAGAAUGCAGUGCCUGUGCAGUCCUGGUUUGAUGACAUGGCAGAUACUGAGUUGCUCAACCUGAUCCCAAUCUUUGAGGAGCUAAGCGGAGCAGAUGACGUCUACACCAGCCUUGGGCAGCUGCGGGCCCCUUAGCCUUCCUGCUUCCAAGCAGUGGCGACCCCAGCAGGGGACUUUGCUACACUGUGCCUUUUUGAUCAACCUGACGGACGGAGUGAAGCUGGAGCAGCUCAGCAGAUGGGGCCUGGAAAUAGAUGUGAUUGGAAAGAGCUGUGGGGCAGGUUAGAUGCCAGCUGGGUGGGUCAGACCAAUAAUAUCCAGAGAUGCCUGUUCCAAGCCAGGUUCCCAAGAUAGAGAGAGAGAGAGAGUGUGUGUGUGUGUGAGAGAGAGAGAGAGAGACCAGAGACCGAUCCAGGGAAUUCAGUAUUUCAACAGGGAAGAAGCUAAAAGAUUGAGGCUUUUUCCCAAGUUGGUUCAUCUCCUCUACUGCCACCCUAUGAGCCACUGAGCUUUACAGGAAUAGGACUAUUAUUGGCAGGCUUUUUGCCAAACCAUGGCCUUUCCUUAGGGUUGGAAGGCCUAUGGAAAGGGGAAAGGAAGGGUCAGAGACUGCCUUGGUGCCCCAGGUGCACACCUUUCUAAAAACUCUCCGGCCCGGCUGCUGCAGAUAAAAAGAUGCCAUUUCUGAGAAGAUGAGGACUUGUUUUCCAGAACCAGUAACCCCGUGACUAUCAGGUCCUGUGGCCCAGGGGUUGCACUUGCCUCCAGCCGAGUGCCUGCCGUGGGGCCCUGUGUCUUCCCAAGGUUUGGGCACUGAGUUACCUUCCUCACCACCUAGCCAUACUCCUGACCCUGUGGGGAAGGAGGCCUGCUGCCUCCCCUGGAAGAGGACAGAUAACAGAUUUCCGUUCUUCUGACUCUACUGAAAUUCCCUUUCCAAACAUGGAGCAUUGGGCCUGACUUGUUUCUGGCAAAGCUGUGAUUCUGGGCCUGCGAUGAAUGUGGGAGGUGCUGGGGUGCAGGGAAGAGUUAAAUCGCCAAAGUGUGAGUGUGUGAUCUCUGGCCUUGUAGAUCAGCUUCUUUCCGUAAGUCUGCUCUUCAGGGAUUCUCCGCUGGUGCUGGUGCUGGCACAGGAACUUUUGUUCCAAAGGUUGGGAAAGGCUGUCUAAGCUACCCCAGCCUCUCCCAUUGCUUGGGCAGAGUUCUUUCUUACUGUGUCUUCCUGGGUGUCUGCUCUAUGCUGAAGUCUGUGUGUUCCUGUUUUUAUCCUUCCUGGCUGUCACUGUUCCUCUCAAAGGCUCAGAACUCCUGCUUUGCCAGAAUGGAGGGGGACAGGUAUUCUUAACAUUUGGUUUGCCAACCUUCCCUGCCCCAUAACAAGAAUGAACCCCUCACGGACCUGCACUCUGGGUGUCUCUUGCUUUCAAAGAUUAUUAAUAGUGAAUGUUUUAAAAAAUAGUCACAAAACAGAAGUUUCCCCUGGGAUGGAAAACAGAGGAAGAAGUGCUGCUGUAAUUGGGAGCACAAAGGGGCCCCCACAAGGGGGACUCUACCUCUGCAUCACUGCCUUAAGGCCUCCUCUGGGGCUGGGUGGGGUCCUUGCUUCCCUCCCUCCCUUCUCCCCAUCUCUGUGUUCCCUGGAGGCGAUACGGUAAAGCAUUUGUGAAUUGCUUCUGGUGAGGGUACACUGCCCACUCAGGACUCAUCCUAUUGACCUUUUCAGUUUCUACACGCUAGAUCCAGCCUCAGAAACUAACCAGUUUGGGAAACCAGGUGGUGGAGCAGCAGCUGAGUAUCCUGAGUGGUAGCUGGGUAGCUGGAUCUUUUGUGGUGUCACCUUCCCUCUUUGUCCCAGUGCGGGUGGCCUUGUCUUUCUCUUCAUUGUCACAGAAGUGGAACAGAGCACCCAGCCCUCCUCUAGUCAUUCCCCAGGAUAAUUCCCUGUGCCUGUGGGGUCCCACCUCAGGUAAAGGCAGAGAGGGCUCCAUGUGCUAGCCAGAAGGCCAUCUCUUCACGGAAAGGGGGCACUCAGAAGCUAAGGACAGCUGCGGCUUGAGACCCAGGUCCUGGCCUACUGCCAUUUUAUUACAGGAGGGAGGGGCGUCUUUCCCAACCCCUGCUCUGAGGGGAUUAGCCUCAGCCAAGUCUUCUGUCACUAGACCUGGCCACCCUUUUCUGACUAAGCAAUAAGAGGCUCUGAGCUGAUUGAGUUCCAAGAACCCUUUUUGCCCUCUUUCAUGUUUUCUCUUACAGAGAGCGAGCCUCUGCCAGCCUGAUUCCCAUCAGGCUUGACCCAGUGCUUGAAGUGUGACCCGUGACCAAAGCCUAGGAUGGCUUGGUUGGAAGUGUCCCUGCUGCUUCCACAUGAAGCCCCCACUUCCCAAGCCCUGCUCCUGUCAGAACCCCACCUGCUCACUUGCAGAUUUUCCAUGGUAAUGCCACCUCCUCUCUCCCCUUUCCCUUCCCAGAAAAGCAUCGUGGCCAAACCUAAACAAGAGCGGUCCUCGUGGGCCAGCGCCAAUCUGAAGUCGUCAUUUGUUGUCGGCUUUCUAGUUUCACAGUGUGCUGGGCAAAGUGGUGACUGUGUAGCUCGCUUCUCGGAGGAAUCAGGCACUUAAUGGAGGAGGGCAAGACUGAGAGAAAGCCACUUCUGCAGCCUGUGCUGGGGCUUGCCACUAGCCUGUCCCACUUGUGACUGGUCUUCAGGAGUCAGUAGGCCACUGUGCCUGGUGUCAGCACCAACUCAAGCCAUGCCAGAAUCUGCCCACCUGCCAGGUUCAGUUCUUUAAGGUGCCUCUUCAGGGACACAGUGUGUCUCUCUGAUUGGGCUUCUAAAUCAAAAGCCUGAUGUUCUCGUCCCUCUUAUAGGGGGAGCUUUGGACACAGGACCAGUUUGGUAAAGGGUCAGAUAAGGGUUUCCUCUCUGCACAUUGUAGAGGGGACGCUCUAUAGGCCCAUGGGUCCCUUGCUAGAGGGGGUUUGCCUUCAGUUAACCUGGGAUCUUUAGUUUCCUCCCUCCCAAAGAUUUUUGUGUAAAUGUAUGAAUUCACUUCUGUUAACAGUGGCCCAGAAGUUUCUUUGUACUAAAAGUAUGGGAGUCGCAAGGCAGUGGUCCUCUGGGGGAAUGGACCCAUGCAAUUCUGCUGCCCUCCCCACUUCUGAGUCCUUAUUAGUGGGGCAGCCCCAUGUACAGCUGGCCUGCAUCAAAUGGCCCAGGCAGGCCAAGUAUUUGAGAAAGGUAAGCCCACUUUCCCUUUCUGGUCUUCAGUUGGUUUCUUAACCAUUACUGUUCUUCAACCAGCUUUUUUCUGAAACGAGGGGCUUGGUUUUGUCUUUCCUUUUUUUAAAUGCCAGUAAAUAUCUGCAUAUUCAACCACAGGAGAAGAGGUGUAGGGGUCUAGCCAACUGUUCCUGGAGCAGACUCACCUCUUCAUCCCAUGAGCUUCUUUGCUUUUAAUUACCCCAAGUUUGCUGUGAUCCCCUUUCAAGCUGCCAUUUGAAGGGGAGAAGGUCUGCUUCCCACUGUGACUGGGCUAUGGGAUUCUGACUACCUUGCUUCAUGAUUUGAUAAAUUUGUUGUAUUCAAAAACUUGAAAUGUAGGACGCCAUUAAGUGUCUGUUUAUAUUUUUGGAAUAUUUGUAUUACUUACAAUUAAUUAAUAAAAGUGGGUUUUUAAAAACCUA